CAAAUGUGGAUGAGAACACUGCCAAAUUUCUUUUGUAACUUUCUUUUUUAUUUCUCUAGACAGUUUUAAACUAUUUCUCUUAAGUUACCAAGCUUGCUUUUUCUUCCCUGGAGUCAGCACCUUUGUACUCCUCUUCCUUUCUUUAUUUUCUUAGGCAGCUUUAUGUUUCCCAGGCGAUGGAUGAUCUACGGGAACGAUAUUUUGGACCUACUUUCGAACUUAUGUCCCAUGACAAAUAUGUGGAGAUAUGGGAUCUAGACGAACGAGAUCCAUUUUUGCCACUAGAAGGUGGAGAAAGCGUUGAUAAUGUUGCUUCAAGACUUGCUGGUGCUGUCGAAACUAUGGAGUCAGAAUAUGAAGGCUGCGCUAUCUUGGUGAUCAGCCAUGGUGAUCCUCUGCAAAUCUUACAAACGAUUAUGCUUGCAGCUAAAAGACAUAAAGAAGAAAUUUGUGAACUGGCCUCAAGGUUUCGAAAGACCAGGGUCCGUGAUGUCUUGUCAGAGCACAGAAAGUUUGCCAUGCUUACCGGACAAUUAGUGCCAAUUAUCUGAUAACUAGACAUGUGCCGGGUGGGUAAAACCUGGACAUUCGGACAUCUUUAACAAUACUUAUUUACCAGUCAACUAAAUAAUUUAGCAUCUAUAUUGGCUUAUGGUAUUCAAUAUUGGUUGAUCUUCAAAACUGAGAAGUGGAUCUUUUGUUGAUCCUCUCUUUGUUUCUGUAGAGCAGAGAAUCCAGAAAACAGAGCCUGCGGCCAAAACAAAAUGUUCAUUAUAAUUCCAUGCUGUUGAA